UCUACAUUAUUUAAUUUCACUGGAUCACGAUGUCAUGCUUUCAAAUGUGAUUGGCUGUCUGCCACCGCGGGGGCGUGUCCUUCUUCUGUCGUUGGGGUGGGGGGAGCCAGUCUCCCUGGAGCGUCAGGCGGCCCAGCCCAGCCUGUCCGGCACAUCAGCCGUUUAUGAGCGCAUCCGGUGGUUUUGGGGCCGGAAUGCUGACAUGGACGAACCCUUUGAGCAAAUGAGACCCCUUCUGAGAGCCGGUUUAGAUGAAGAAGCACUGGUUGACCAUGGAAAGUCCAGCUUCACCACUCAAACAAACUAUGAGGGAGAAGAGUUGGAAAGUCACAGAGCCGUGUACGUAGGUGUCCAUGUUCCUUUCGGAAGGGGAACAAAGCGCCGGCACCGCCAUCGAGGACACAAACACCACAGAAAGAAGAAAGAAAGAGACUCAGAGGACGGGAAGGACGAUGGCAGAGAAUCCCCAAGUUAUGACACCCCAUCCCAGAGGGUGCAGUUCAUCCUGGGAACAGAGGAUGAGGAUCUGGAGCACAUGCCCCAUGAUCUCUUCACAGAGCUGGACGAGCUGUCCUUCAGAGAUGGAAGGGCCACUGAAUGGAGGGAGACUGCCAGGUGGUUGAAGUUUGAGGAGGAUGUGGAGGAUGGUGGUGAGAGGUGGAGUAAGCCUUAUGUGGCCACGUUGUCACUACACAGCCUGUUUGAAUUGCGGAGCUGCAUACAGAACGGCACAGUCAUGCUGGAUAUGAGGGCCAACAGUAUUGAGGAGAUUGCAGACAUGGUGAUCGAUAGCAUGGUGGCAUCUGGCCAGCUAAAGGAGGACUUGCGCAACAAAGUACGAGAAGCGAUGCUCAAGAAGCACCACCAUCAGAACGAGAGAAAGCUCAGCAAUCGCAUCCCUCUGGUGCGCUCCUUUGCUGACAUAGGCAAGAAACAUUCUGACCCACUCUUGCUUGAAAGAAACGGAGAGGGCCUGUCCUCCUCACGUCUCUCUCUCCACAAGCCAGGGUCAGCCUCCUCUGUCUCCAACCUCUCCCAGAGACAAGACUCAAGAAUGUCCGUCCUGCUCCACCACCUCCUGCCAUCUUCUUCAAAUGGCACUGGGUUGUCCCCAAGCUCCUCUCUACUCAACACCCCCCAAAAUACUCCAUCUUUUCGCCGUUCCUCUCAGAGCCUGUCACAAACCCACGGCACGGGCCCUCAAGGCAUCCCGGAGGUGGUGGUGUCUCCUCCUGAGGAUGACGGCCCUCAACACUCUGCAGAGGCGGACACAGUGUUACCACAGCUCAGCCGGCGAGCAUCUUCGGCAUCUGACAACAUUGAGCUACUGCCCUUAGAAGGACCAAUGGUGUCUCCACAUUCACUUCCGAACAACCUGGACGGCAACAAGGCAGUGGAGAGGAGGCCGUCCAAAGUAGGGGUCAGUAGAGAAGGCAGCAGUGUGGACUUCAGCAAGGUGGACAUGAACUUCAUGAAGAAGAUUCCUCCUGGUGCAGAGGCCUCCAACGUGUUGGUUGGAGAGGUGGACUUCCUGGAGAAGCCCAUCAUAGCGUUUGUGCGGCUGCUGCCUGCAGUCCUCAUCACAGGCCUCACUGAAGUACCUGUGCCCACAAGGUUCCUCUUUCUGCUUCUGGGUCCUCAUGGUAAAGGACCACAAUACCAUGAAAUUGGCAGAUCCAUGGCAACACUGAUGACAGAUGAGGUUUUCCACGAUGUGGCAUACAAGGCCAAAGACCGGACUGACCUCCUCUCUGGGAUUGAUGAGUUCCUAGAUCAGGUCACUGUCCUGCCCCCCGGGGAAUGGGACCCUACAAUCCGGAUCGAGCCUCCAAAGAGCGUCCCAUCUCAGAUGAAGAGGAAACUACCCCCCCAGCCAAACGGCACCACACCCGCCGCGGGAGAGCAGGAAAAGGAGGACGACCACCAAGCUGGGCCUGAGCUGCAGAGGACAGGGAGAAUUUUUGGAGGCUUGAUUUUGGACAUCAAGCGGAAAGCCCCCUUCUACUGGAGCGACAUUAAGGACUCGUUCAGUCUGCAGUGUCUGGCCUCCGUCCUCUUCCUCUACUGUGCCUGCAUGUCCCCCGUCAUCACAUUCGGAGGUCUGCUUGGGGAGGCGACAAAAGGCAACAUAAGUGCAAUAGAGUCUCUGUUUGGGGCAUCGCUGACGGGGGUGGCGUACUCCCUCUUCGCAGGCCAGCCCCUCACCAUCCUCGGCAGCACGGGCCCCGUUUUAGUCUUCGAGAAGAUCCUUUUUAAAUUCUGCACUGACUACCAGCUGUCCUACCUGUCCCUGCGGACCAGCAUCGGUUUGUGGACGGCCUUCCUGUGUCUGCUCCUGGUGGCCACGGACGCCAGUUCGCUGGUCUGCUACAUCACCCGCUUCACAGAGGAAGCCUUUGCGGCUCUGAUCUGCAUCAUCUUCAUCUAUGAGGCUUUGGAGAAGCUUUUCCACCUCGGAGAGCACUACCCCGUCAACAUGCACAACAACUUGGACAACCUCACCCUCUACUCGUGUCAGUGUUCCCCACCAGCUAACGCAACCGAGCAGCUCUGGCAGCUGUGGAACCAGACGGGGUUCGGCAGCUCGGACUCCAUCCCGUGGAGCAGCCUGAACGUUUCGAUGUGUAAACUGCUCCAUGGGGAUUUUGUGGGGUCAGCCUGUGGUCACCAUGGACCCUACAUCCCAGAUGUUCUGUUUUGGUCCAUUAUCCUCUUCUUCACAACCUUCUUUCUGUCAUCGUUCCUCAAGAAGUUUAAGACUGACAGAUACUUCCCCACUAAGUUGCGAUCCACCAUCAGUGACUUUGCCGUCUUUCUAACCAUCAUGAUCAUGGUGAUGGUGGACUAUCUGAUGGGGAUCCCCUCUCCUAAACUCAACGUCCCCGACCGUUUUGAGCCAACGUCGAAGAACAGGGGCUGGCUGAUGGACCCCUUAGGGGGGAACCCUUGGUGGACGCUGCUGUUGGCAGCACUUCCUGCUUUGCUGUGCACCAUCCUCAUCUUCAUGGACCAGCAGAUCACGGCCGUCAUCAUCAACCGCAAAGAGCACAAACUGAAGAAAGGCUGCGGCUAUCACCUGGAUCUGAUGGUGGUGGCGGUCAUGCUGGGGGUGUGCUCCAUCAUGGGGCUGCCGUGGUUCGUGGCCGCCACCGUCCUGUCCAUCUCCCACGUCAACAGCCUAAAGGUGGAGUCCGGCUGCUCCGCCCCGGGGGAGCAGCCCAAGUUUCUGGGCAUCCGGGAGCAGCGGGUCACUGGCUUCAUGAUCUUUGUCCUCAUGGGCUGUUCCGUCUUCAUGACGUCCGUGUUGAAGUUUAUCCCCAUGCCAGUUCUAUAUGGAGUCUUUCUCUACAUGGGGGUCUCCUCCCUCAAAGGAAUUCAGUUCUUUGACAGAUUGAAACUGUUCGGCAUGCCUGCGAAGCACCAGCCGGACCUGAUCUACCUGCGCUACGUCCCUCUCUGGAAGGUACACAUCUUCACGCUGAUCCAGCUCACGUGUUUGGUGCUGCUCUGGGUGAUCAAGGCCUCCGCAGCUGCCGUCGUCUUCCCCAUGAUGGUUCUGGCGCUGGUUUUCAUCCGAAAGCUUCUAGACUUUUUCUUCACGAAUAGAGAGUUGAGCUGGCUGGACGACCUGAUGCCGGAGAGCAAGAAGAAGACGGAAGACGACAAGAAGAAGAAAGCCCGGGAGAAGCUGGAGGAAGAGUCCAGACUGCAGGAGGAAGAGCAGGCGGCACUGAAUGUCAGCUUUGAAGCCUCUAACCGACUCAAGAUCCCAGUGACCUCCAUGACCGGGAGAUCCUACAGAAUAGGAAUAGUGACCCAAAGCCUCCCAGUGGAAGACCAGCCAGGAGAAGGUGGCCUGUGUUAGAGUGGACAUCAGCCCGGACGCCCACGGAGAGAGCUCCGCCUCCGAGACUUUCCUGUGAUUUGGGAGAAGGACUGAGAACUCCAAAGAGGGGGGGGGGCGCUGCAUGUUUGUGGAGCUCCUGAGGGCGUCUUUGAAGACACCCUCUGCCCUCGUGGCCAACGUCGGGUCUCCAUCCAGUCAAAGAAUUCUGCUGUCGGAAGACCGCGGGGGGGGGGUCGUUGACAUGACCUUCCUCAUACCAGUACUUCUGUGGGUUUUUAUGAUGUCGUCUUCACUCAUCUGUCCUCAGCACUUCCUCUUCGUGGUCGGGAGCCGCGCCGGCGGCAAACCUAACAGUUGAAAUAUUUCGGCACUUUGGUGUCGGGGACUUCAUUCCCGAGCUGCUGAUGAAGCACAAAAGCCCUCACAGGUACAUCCAGACGCACCUCACAGCCCCCCAGGGAACACUCAGUGUUGCUGCUCAUGCACCCCCCCCUCCUAGUUUAUGCACUGUUGUGUUUACUUAUUUCCUACUCUGAAGGCCAUACCGAUUCUGUACUGUACAGGAAGCACUUUUCUAUUGGACAAAAGCCCGAAUCGGAUAUUUUAGAGCUGUUAAACGCGACUCAGGAGUCCUUCACGAUUUCUGCCACGCCGUGUUGUGUUCGUGGCCCGGCAGAGAAAUCCCUGCGUUCGUUUCACGUGUAGUCCGGUGUCCGAGGAGCCAGAACGCCCACGGCGCCGCUUAGUCGCAGUCGUUUCUGAACCGUCUGUUCUUGUGAAGGUCUCCGUGUGUGUGUGUGGUGCAAAGUUAUUUAGUGUCGCAAAAGAUUUCAUGUUGAACGUUUCUAUUGUGUCUGGAGCUAUAAUCUACAGAUGCAUCUUUAUUUUUCUUAAGUGCUGUCCUGUUCUAGCAAUAAAAGAUUCCAGUUUUUGCUGAACUGGCGGGAGGAAAAAAAUGGUGAAAAAGUUGUAUUUCGUCGCCUUUGUCCGUGUGCAGAGGCUCCACCCACAAUAGCGUUACUUCGUGCCUUUGUAAAGCUCUUCGUGUUCAGGUGUCGUACUGUUGCUGAACGGGUGACUGCAAAGGCGCCACAGAAGGGGCCGUCCAGCACGCCGCUCGCCGUCUGCAUGAACCUGGUAAAUCAGCCAAUCAGAUGUACUCUUCCAUUUCAAACGUGAACCUGCUUCUGCGUGCCGUCACAUCCAUGCUGUUAGGUUACACUUCUGUGUGUGUCGGUUUAUUGUGCUGUCUGUGUCAAAAAUACACAAAUGUUUAUAUUUAUUAUAAUAUCUAUGGAAACAAAACAAAUACUAGUAAUUUCACUCUUGGCAACGACCAAACAUAAAGAUCAAAAGAAGCGUACAUUUUCUGAACAGCAUAUAGUUUGUUGAAUACUAAAGAUUCUAUUUUCACAGCAUCAGUGACAUGUAUUCAUGUGAAAAAUGUUACCUGCAAUAAACCAGUGACGCGCUCGCCAUCCUGAGGGUUUGAUGACGUCUCUGUCCAAACGGAUUGUUGCAAAGCAAUAAAGAUGAGUACGUUGU